AUGGAGUCCGUCAGCUCCGGGGGUGAAUCGCCAUUAAGUGAUUCUGGUGACACCGUUAUCCUUCAAGACAAUGAAACCCCCGAGAAGUUUGAGCAGCGACCCUCUAGUGGUGUCUCAUUCCUCCGCUUUGCCUCCAUCGACGGGCAGACUUAUGAGCCCAGGCCGCCCCUCACAAAACAGGCCAUUUAUGAGGCCCUCGCUGCUCAGUCUUCUACUGUAGGCUGCACUACUGCCAGCGACCGUUUGCCCGGCUUAUCGUUUCUGCAGUCACAUCCAUCCUUUUCAGCUCUUCUACAGAAUGAUCAGAAAACACCAUCUCCUAUGGAAGACUCCGUGUCAUCCAAUGGACGUGCGCCCUACCCUGCUGUACUGCGUAAGAAAAACCGGGAAGCUGCUCGAAAGUGUCGGCAAAAGAAAAAGAAUUACCUAAUGCAGUUGGAAAAUGAUUUCAAGGAACUUAAGGUUGGUCAUUUGAAUGCAGUUUUCAAUUAA